CCGAAUCUUCCGCGCGCAAGUGGCUAUAAAAUUAUUCCAUUUCUUCUUUUUCGUUUUCUAGACUUUUCUUGUUUCUGUUUCUUCAAGAGGCGCUCACUCUCAGUAAAUGGCUGACGAGGUAGAAAAUCCUGUUGUAGAAGAGACAACUGGAGAAGAGGACAAAGGCUUCAUGGAAGAAGUCCUAGCUGAGGUGAUAAGGAGGACACCAGAGGAAGAUCAGAAGGAGGGAGGAGACGAGGAGCCAGAAGAAAAGAAAGAAGAAGGACCUAAGGAAAGUGAUGAGCAGCAACCAGAAGAGAGCAAAGAGGAAGAGCAACCAGAAGAGAGCAAGGAAGAGGAUGAGGGGAAGAAAGAAGAGGAGGAAGCAGCCAAGUCUCCUGCAAAUGAUGAUCCUGAGCCAACACCUGCUACUGAUGAUGAUAAGAAAACUGAUGAAACUAAAAAGGAGGAAACUAGUGAAAUAACAGAAGAUACUGAAAAAGAGGCCAAAGAAAAGAAAGAAGCAUCACCAAAGCAGUCACCGGAAAAGAAAAAGAAGGAUAGAAAGACUCGCGAGCCAGUAGAAGAAAUAGUUGUUCCUCACUUGCUCUCCGAUGAGGCAUUAUCUGAGAAAGGAGUUCCUGCAACUGAGAUGGAAAGUUACAAGCGGUUUUACCUAAAACAAGCAUUUGCUCCAAAGACUUGGUACGAGUCUUUGAAGGACCACACUUUUGAGACCAAGUUCCUCACACUAUCCAAUGAAGAGGUUGAUCUCUUACUGGCCAUGCACCAUUCUCCAUCCGAUGAUCCACCAGAGCUCACUGACCAGCAUAAGGAGACACUUGAAGGUCUCAAGGAGAAGAUUGAGACUAUCAUUAAAGAAUAUGGAGAGGCAGGAGCUUUUCUGAGGUUGAACACAAAGACCCCAACCGAUUCGGUUUUAGAGAGAAAUGACUGUGACUAUAUACAAUCUAUACAAGAGGGUGUGACGACAGAGAUGGAAAUAGAGAACCAAUUUGCAAAUGCUUACCUUAUAUGGAGGUCGUGGAGAUCGAGCUCCUUCCGCGAAUCAAAUACUCAGCCUCGCGGCAAUAAUGUUUUGCGGAGGAGUCUGAGACGUAUACAAAAGUCCUUUCGUCCGGCUACUGGCGGUAGGACCCAGUCUAGGAGCAAGGAAGAAGGUGAUUCUGCCGACCCGUUGGCAGAGGAAAAUAAAAAGAAUGAAGAAGAUGGAAAGGUUGCAGAGGAAGCCACGCCCAACGUUGAGGCCACACCUACAACAGAGUCUGCAGGGGAAGGACCAAUCACUGUAGAAGCAACUAUUGAAGGCACUCAAGCAGAACCUGAAACCCAAACCACCACUGAGACUGAGACCAAAACUGCUGAAAAUUCUGAAACCCAGACUGCUGCAGCUGAAACAACUGAGACUGAAACUCAAACCCCACAGACUGAAACUGAGACUGCCAAUACUGGGACUGAAGAGGCUCAGACUGAUGAUGAUUCAGCAAAGAAAGAAGAAGAGAAAAAAGAAGAGAAAGGAGAGGAAGAAGGAGAGAACAAAGGAGAAGAAGGAAAAGUGGAAGAGAAGGAGAAAGAUGGAGAGAAGGAAGAAGAGACUAAAAAAGAAGAAGAAAACAAGGAAAGCAGGCCUAAAUCUUUAUUGAAAGAAACUAGCCCUCCCAGUGAGGAGCAUCAGAUGAUCAAAGUUAAACAAGAGACUCUUCAGAAUAAGGUUCUUCGUGGGUUUAUGCGUACUAUAUUUACUCGCUAUCGUGUUAAAAAUGCUGAUGAAGCUAUUGCACUACUGACAACCAGUCUACUCAUUAAAGAGGAGCUUGAACAAGUCAAGAAGUUUGUGGAAAUUGAAGGUACCGAGGCCGUCCUUGCCAUCAUGAAGUGGGUAUCUACUGAUCUUCCCCGCUACCCUGGAAUGAACUUUAGGGCUUUUGUCUAUAAUAACAUGCUGACAGCUGUCACACAGCAUGACGACAUUCUCUACGUUCCCAACAUUGCCCGUUUCAAGAAGACGAUACUCAGUAAGAUCCAGUAUUUCUUUGAUAACGAUCUAAAGCCGGCAAUGGAGAAAGAGGGCAACUACAUUGUGGACUUGUUCUUGGCACCAAACAAAAUCUUUGUCACUGAGCUCCACCCAUUCCAUCAGAGUACAGGGGCAUGUCUCUUCACUUGGCAGCAAUCCCAGAAAGUUCUCAUGGGAGGAGGUGGUAAUGGUACGGCCGUGGAGCUUCGUCAUAUCCACACUCCAUUUAAGAAGUGUUUUACUGGCCUCCUUCCUCAUUGGCAGACUGUGUGUGAGACUGUGACACAGAAUAAGAGAGGAGAGGAUGAAUCGACUGGAAACAAAUGUGUCAUCCUUUAAGAGAAACUAUACUAGCUCUAUCAUGAUCAUCAUCAUCAUUAAUUUAUUAUUAUUAUUAUUAUUAUUAUUAUCAUUUAAAAUUAUUUGAAGUGACAGAUAUAGAAUUAUAAUUUAACUAACUAUAAUAAUAUAAUUAUUUUAUUUAUGAAUCAUUUCAGUUUCUUUCCCUUUUCAA